AUGGUCAUGGCUGACAGUCUCCAAAAACCGCUGAUCCGGGGUCCCGUCCGAGUGGGCUUCUACGACAUCGAGCGCACUUUAGGAAAGGGCAAUUUCGCUGUUGUGAAGCUGGCCCGACACCGCAUAACCAAGACCGAGGUGGCCAUCAAGAUUAUUGACAAGACCCAGCUGGAUGCUGUCAACCUGGAGAAGAUCUACAGGGAGGUCCAGAUCAUGAAGAUGCUAGACCAUCCGCACAUCAUCAAGCUGUACCAGGUGAUGGAGACCAAGAACAUGCUUUACUUAGUAACGGAGUACGCCAAGAAUGGGGAGAUCUUCGACUAUCUGGCAAAGCAUGGCCGUCUGAGUGAGCUGGAGGCCAGGAGGAAGUUCUGGCAGAUCCUGUCGGCGGUGGAAUACUGUCACAACCGCAACAUCGUCCACAGGGAUCUGAAGGCCGAGAACCUGCUGCUGGAUGGGCACAUGAACAUCAAGAUAGCAGAUUUUGGAUUCGGGAACUUCUUCCAGCCCGGGGAGCCUCUUGCUACAUGGUGUGGCAGUCCGCCUUAUGCCGCCCCUGAGGUCUUUGAGGGCCAACAGUACGAGGGCCCCCAGCUGGACAUUUGGAGUAUGGGCGUGGUGCUGUACGUGCUGGUGUGCGGUGCGCUGCCCUUUGAUGGGCCCACCCUGCCUGUGCUCCGACAGAGAGUCCUAGAGGGACGGUUCCGUAUCCCCUACUUCAUGACCGAAGACUGUGAACACCUGAUCCGCAGGAUGUUGGUCCUGGACCCCUCCAAGCGCCUGUCCGUGGCCCAGAUCAAGGAGCAUAAGUGGAUGGCGUUGGACGUCCCGGUGCAGAGGCCCGUUCUGUACCAGCAGUCUGUGUCUGCUGACGGGGAGGUGGGUGUGGGGGAGUACAGUGAACAGGUCCUUCGUCUGAUGCACAGCCUGGGCAUUGACCAGCACAAGACUGUAGAGUCUCUCCAGAACAAGAGCUACAACCACUUUGCUGCUAUCUACUACCUGCUGGUGGAGAGGCUCAAGGCCCACCGCUGCAGCUUCCCCGUCGAACAGAGGCUUGAUGCCCGCCAGCGACGGCCCAGCACCAUCGCUGAACAGACUGUUGUCAAGUCGACCAGUGGUUCAGGCCAGGUGGGUUUGCUCCCCCAGAGCGUUCGUCUGCUGCGCUCGCCUGCCCUGCCUCAAACCUCCUCUGAUGCCUUCACCUUCUCUCAUUCCACAUGCCCCCCAGAGCAGAGCCUCAUGGUGGAGGACGUCAACACCCCCAAAGUGAAUGGCUGCCUGCUGGACCCCCUGCCUCCCCCCACUGUCCUCCGCAAGUCCUCCACCUCGUCGCCUAGCAACAUGAUGGAGACGUCGAUUGAUGAGGGUAUCGAAACUGAGGAGCCCGACGCUGAGGACGAUCCCGCCCACCUGCUCUCAGCCUAUCAGACGGCACGUUUUGGCCAGCGCCGGCACACCCUCUCUGAGGUCACAAACCAACCAGGGCCUUCAAGCCAAGGUAAGCUGUACACCCUGGGCCACAACCCCUCCUUGGGCAGCGUGGACUCGGACAUUGGCUACGACAUGGGCUCUGUGCACAGCGACCUCAGCCUGCUGGAGGACCCGCCUUCCCUCAGCGAAGUGGUACUGGCCAACAGCUCUGCCCCGCGCAUGACCCCGCCCCCUUUCAUGAGCGCUCGACCCACCAACCCAGCCAUGGCCGCCUUGACUUCCCAGCGCAGGGAGGCCCACAACCGCUCGCCCAUCAGCUUCAGAGAAGGGCGCCGCGCCUCAGACACCUCACUCACCCAAGGUCUGGUUGCAUUUCGGCAGCACCUCCAGAACUUGGCGAGGACCAAAGGCAUCCUGGAGCUGAACAAGGUCCAGAUGUUGGUGGAGCAGAUGGGCUCUGGAGAAGGGGGGGCCAUCGGUCCCCUAGGGCCACAGCAUCACUUGCACAACCUCCUGGAGGGUGAGGCAUCCAAGCCGCAGGAGAACCUAGCUUUAUACCAGAGUGGGCCCCAGCCACCGCUCCUGUCCCGCAGACAGAGUCUGGAGACACAGUACCUCACUCACAGGCUACAGAAGGCCAGCGUCUUGGCUACCAGUCCUGCUAGCUGUCAGCUCUUCUGCAAGGAGACUCCUCGAAGCUUAGAGCAGCAGCUGCAGGAACACAGACUGAACCAGAAGCGGAUGUACCUCCAGCAGCAGUCACAGGGCAUGGGACUGCAGGCCUACUUCAACCAGAUGCAGAUAGCGGAGGGCUCCUAUCCCACAGGGGGCCCUGCCCUCGACCCAGCAGCGUCCCCUGGUUCCCCUCAGGGCACCCCCAUGUCAGCAGCCCAUCAGCCCCAGCCCCAGCAGCAGGGCAGCCCGCAGGCCUCUCCCCCCUUCAGCCAGAGCCUGGGCCCUCUGAUGGAGCCAGGGGAGGGCCUGGUGUAUGACCCCUACAUGAGCCACCACCACUACACCCAGCACCUGUCCCCCGGACCCCACCUACACCACCAGCUGCAGUGCCCCCAGCCUCACGAGGCGUCCGCCACUGGCCUAGGCUAUAGCUACUCCACUGGCUGUGACCUCCAGGCCCUGGGACCUUCAACUGAGGCACUUUACCCAGAGCAGUAUGAGCUGCCCCUGGACCCUGGCCCACUACCCCCACUUACCCCAGGAGAGGUUGCUAGGGCUUCAGCUGGAGCUCCAGUUGGGGUUUCGGCUGGGUCCGGGCAGUAUGAGGGCGUGGCACUGCCUGACCUCCAGAGCUCCCUCCUGGACAGUGAGAUGAUGGAGACGGUGGACUCCCAGCACGGCUUCGUACUGGUCAACUGAAGCCAGCUGAGGGGGCUGAUAGAAGGCAGUAUUAAGCGAUGAGAACCUGCACAGCAUUAAGAGCAGAGGGAAUGGAGAUGUAAGCGGAGGCCACAAGGGUAGCGACAGGGAAGGAAAAGUGUUUAAUUUUUGUACGACUAAUACAAACUCUACUUCUUAGUUGUGUCGAACCUCAGACAACCUCUCUACCAAAAUCCUCCCUUAGCCUACCUCCCUUUCUCCCUCUCCUCCUGUGUUCUCGCUCUCACCAGCUCUAUAAGGCAGGAACAGGCCUGGUGUGGUACAACAUGUGCCAAGGCUUUGCCAGGCUAACUGAGCAAGGUUUCUGUUGGCAUGGAUGUUGUGUCACCUGUGAGGUGACGAGCUCUUCAUGACUGCACCGUGCAGCCCGGGGAUGUUGCAGAUCCUGGAGGCUGCCAGUGUGCAGCGUUUCACAUAGAAAUGGUUUGGAGGUGAACUUAUUUAGGACUGAGCGACUGGCAUCCAAAAGCACAAUGGCUGGCAGUGCUUUUUGUAUUGAAAGUAGGACACCAUCAACUACAAUAGACUGGGUAUCAAAACACUUUUGUGCAUUUCUUUUUGAAUUUCAAUAGAUAAAACAAGCUGAACAAGAGAAAAUGGCCCUCAUUUAUCAUGCUACCGUCAGUGUCACCACAAAGUCAAGUGUCGCGAUGGUUGCGAGAGACAGAACUCAUGGAAGUUCCUUACACACUGAAGUGUACACAGCAGCCAACAUGCAGGUUCCAACAUAUUUACCAGUGCAAAACAUCUGACUAAAGCAUUAGCCAGACAUGCUGAUUUAAAUGUUAGGAUAGAGAGUAACGCGCCAUCUUCCUGCCAUUUGUUGAGCAUGUGCUACAGCCUAUAGAAUAAGCUCUCCACGAUACAACUGUUAAUCAAGCAAUGAAAUUAAAGCAAGCAGGCUUUGGCGUAGCUAUGUGAGAUAAAUACUAUGUUUAUUUAGUUUCUCUGUGUUUUUAAAACUUGUAACUACUGAUCCAGAUUUAUUUCUUACACUACUGAACUGCCUUUCCGCCUUUCCAUCUGAUUGUACACUUCUGGGUUUGAUUUUUACUCACACAACGCGUACGACCAGAUUCAAAUGAGGCAAGAUAAUAAUUUUUCGCGGGGGGAGAAAAUAUCCACGCUUAUUUUACGAUUAAAUUGGGUCAUGCGUUUGCUUGAUAAAUGAGGGCUAAUGUAAUUGUAACGUGCGCUUGGUGAAGAAGUUGCGAUGUUAGACAGUCAAUAUUAUUCUAUUUUUGUGGCAAUAUUGAAGCAAUAUUAAUCCUUGAUGUUGGGGGAUUAUCAAAGGAAGCCUCACCUGUACAGCCAACUCUGAUUGGUUCCUGGGACCUCUGAGUCGUCAGCAGCAACAUCACGGAGCCGAUGAUGUAACCAGGAGAUAAUCUUUCACUGGCCUUGCAAGUGCAGGGAUAAGCCUGGGGAGAGUCACGUGUGUGUGUGCAUGUGCGUGCGUGCGUGUGUGUGUGUGUGUGUAUUUGAGUGUGAUUGUUCUUGUUUGCACAGUUCAUACACUUGACAUUCAAAUUCCUGAAUAAAUCACAUGAUGUGUGCAUCACAUCGGUCAAUACUGACAAAGACAAACACUGUAUCUCCGUUCCAUAUCCAAGUACAUCCACUCUGUCAGAUCAACAGAUCCCACCGACUGUGCUGUGCUGUCCCCCAGUGCAAAGUUGUAGCUUAGAGGUGAUGGCUUAAUUCCAGCUUACAUCCUUAGCUCCGGUCAUGCCUAUGUGUUGUGAUAAUGAU